AUGAUUGAGAUACCACUAAUCAGAAAAAUUCUUGAUGUCUUCAAAGUAGCAAAACUUGAUGAUCUGUGUGAUCGAAUUAAUUACUUUUACACAGGAACAAUUUUAAUGAUGAUUGCAAUUUUUCUUGGUUCAAGACAAACAUUUGGAACACCUCUUACAUGUUUUAUUGAAGCACAAUACAAUUCACAUUGGAUUAAUACGGUGCAAAGUUAUUGCUUCAUUACUGGAACAUAUACUUUAAGAAAUGAGUCACUGUUUGACUUGGAUUUAACUUAUGCUGAUGAAAAAGAUAAGAUUUACCACAAUUAUUAUCAGUGGGUUCCAUAUAUUUUUUUUAUUAUGAGUAUAGGAUUUUAUCUUCCAAAUUUUUUAUGGAAAAUUUACAAUGAAGAUUUGGAUGUGGAUUUUCAAACAUUAUUGACACUUGCAUGUGAGUCAAAGAAAGACUAUGGUGAGAUUGGUUUUUGUGAUUAUAAAAGAAUUGAUGUUGGAACUGUAAUGUCAAAUCAUGUUGAGUGUACUUUAAUGAUAAAUAUAUUAAAUGAAAAAAUAUUUAUGUUUGCCUGGUUUUGGAAUGUUAUUCUUCUUCUCAUUACUGUAGGUAAUGUUAUUUAUUUUUCUGUCUAUUCACUUGUUCCUCAAUUGAGAAAAAUUUUGGUUUGGAAUGCAUUGAAGCCUAUCAGAUAUUACUCCUGUAUUAGGAGAAUUGAAAAAAAUAAUCCAGAAUUAUUUGAUGAGAUAGAUAAUGAAACAGAUCAAUUUCCAGAGGAUUUAAAUAUCACAUGCAAGAAAUUGGUAAUUGAAAGGAAAGAUGAAAUUACCACUAACGUGUUAACAAAUAUUGACUUGUUCGACCAGUUUGUUGAACAUGGGCUUUCAUUAGAUGGAGUGUUAUUUACUCGUUUUUUGGGACUUCACGCUGGUUCCUUUGUAACAUGUGAGAUUCUUUAUGGUUUAUGGCUUUCAUACGUUUAUGGCGACACAUUAAAGAAAAAGAAACGUGAAUUUAUGGAUCAUAGUACUAUGCUACUUUCUGAAUCUGUACUUCCAUAA